AAUCAUUCAAGUUUCUUACUUUGAUGUGACGUGUGUCUUUUUAAGUUGUGAUUCAGUGAAAAUUACAGUAAUUUCAUUAUUACAAAUAUUCGGGUCUUCAUUCAGGCUAGCAAAAUUUUUGAUUAAGUUGCAUACAAUUUAGAUUUCAUUUAAUUAAAUCUAUACUAAUAUUAUAAAGCUGAAGAGUUUGUUCUCUGUAUCUCAGUAACUACGGGUUCGAAUAGAAAAAAUAUUUUUGUGUUGAAUAGACCAUUUAUUGAGGAAGGUUUUAGGCUAUAUAACAUCACGCUGUAACUAUUACGAGCGAAGAAAUAAUGAAAAAUGUGAAAAAAACGGGGAAAAUUAUUCAUCCUUGAGGGCUUCAAAGAUGCCCAAAAUAACUAUUCCACGCGGACGAAAUCAUGAACUGAUUGUAUGAAACACAUCUUCAAUCUUAGCUUUUUAUAGGUUAUUUGCAUCAAAAUAAAGCCAACUUGCAAUAAGACCUAGGUCAUAACUAAAACAGCGUAUUGCUCCAUAACAAUAUAUUUAUUGAGUUAUGAUCUUUUUGUAUUGCUGCAACUCACACUCUUAUUAAUUUGUUAUUUUAUAUGUACAUUGAAAAUUGUGUGUAGCAAAUCAAAUAAAUGAAUUAUCUAUCUAUCUAUAUAUAAUCUAGUAAAAUGAAAACAAGAAAAGCAGAAUUUUGUGACGAUAGUGAGAAAAAUGUUGGUUGUCUGGAGUCUAUGUACUGGACAUGCUGUGAAGAGAGAUUCUGCUUCGACAAGAAGAUAGCUACUUACAAAUUAGAAGAUGAACCGUAUGCAAAUGGUCACACGAACAUUGGGGCCAGUCUGGACAGCGUGGUCACAGACCAGCCCGUCAACAACAACCACCUCCCGCCCAGGGUCACGGGGAGGGAGGUCAACGAACUGCCGAUACAUGCGGACAAACUUUACGAGGUGUUCUCCAAAUCCCUGAUAUUUAGAGAUGAGUACGAACUUAAAGCGAAGAGUAGCAACAAUUCCCUGGACGAAUUGGAGACGAAAUCUGAACCGGACUAUCUGUCGGACCGGCCAAACAGAACCAAGGUAUACUUCGAGGACGAAGUCAACUCCCCCGUAACAGACUUCGAAAUAAUGUUCAAAGACGAACUAUUAGCCCAAUACGACAUGUUCAAAAUUGAAGAAGAAGAGGAAAGCGACAAAGGCAGCCAAGAUACUGAAGAAGGAAUCAUAAUGAAUGUAGUCAAUAUAAAGAAACAAGAUGUUAUCAAACCAACAACAGUUACUAUGAAAGAUGAAACAAAAAUUACGACGCCGGCACCAAUUUAUACUUACGAUCCCGUGUCUUCAGUUAAUUUACCAUCAGUCCUCUCCCUGCCAAGAGUUGAAAGUGUCCGAGGUAUACUAAGAAGUAACAGUGCUAAGACUUUAGAGAGAGUCGAUAGCGGUGCUAGAUUAGCUAAACCCAUGUUGAACAGAGUUGAAAGCUUAAAAAAUAUAGAUCCGAACAAAAUUAAUAAAGUAUUAUUGAGAGUGCCACAUAGAAGUGCUUCAUUUUUGAACAUUCCUGCGCAUUUGGCGCCUGAGAAACCGCCUCUAGUUAAAUCUAAAUCUAUGGUUGGCGUACUGUCAGCAACAGAGGAGUUGAAACUUAGCAGUCUUCCAGACACGCCUAUUAUUAAAAGUACUAAUUUGCCAAGAUUUUUCGAUGACAGUCCGUCAAUACCUGAAUAUAGGGGUGAUACAAGUUUGCAGAGUAUAAAACAGAAAUCCGCUAUGAUGUUUCAAGAGAAUGAUUUCAGCAUGCCAAGGUAUUACGGUACUGUCGGCAAAUCAACGGAUAGUAUUCCAGUGCAUGAGAGUAAAUCUAUGCCUGAUCUAAGAAGUUCUGGAUCAAGUAAGGUUAUCAAUAAGAGGUUAGUAAAAAUAAGGAGUAAAUUAAAACCGCUUGUUAUUAGAAAGAGCUCUGAGGAAAAGAUAUGAAUUUAUUUUGUUAAUUAGUACUUACUUCAUGAGUACAUACGUUAAGCGUCGCCCUAACAUAUGAUUUCAACUAUACAUACGUCACGUCAUCAUCACGUCUAUAUGCCCUGCGGGAUAGACAGACACGUAUUUGUAUAAUGAUAUUUUCAAAUUAAUUUAUCAUUAACCUUCCUUAAAUUUGAUAGUUGGGUAGAAAUCCUAUAAGAGACAAUAAAAUAAUUGGUAUUUAAACAAUUGUGAUUAAAAUAAGUAUUAAAGCCUACUUAAUUAGAUAUUAGGUAGGUAUGUUAUAUUUUAGUAAUACAAUCUGUAAUUUUAUGUAUUUCCAUUUCAUCAUGAACAUAAGUCUCAAAUUAUUCUACAAUAAAUAAAUUAUAGUAUUAUUUUAACUUAAAAACUUUUAGUGAUAAAAUUUUUAAUUAUAAUUUACUUUAUUUAAGAGAGAAAAGAACAAACUUUUUAUUUAUAUCUAUUUAACUGAUUUAGAAAACUAAAUAAUAAAACAUAUUUUUAUCUGGAAAGAACAAAUAAUUUAUUUUAAGUAUAAAGCAUCACAUUUCUAGUCAAUUUAUAACUUAAAUUCUUUUAUUCUGAAUAAGAUGAUCUGUUCACAAUUUUCUUUUCUUUUUAUUAUUAUUUGUUAUUGAUAAGAAUGAGAAAUUACAAACACAUACAUAUGAUCACGUCUAUAUCUCUCGCGGGGUAGACGGAGCCAACAGAACAACAACAGCCUUGAAAAGACUGGAAGGCCUCGAGCUGAAAAUUAUAUAAGAUUAUUAAAGAAGAGUUAAUAAAAAAAAAUAUUUUAAAUAAAAAAGAAUUGCUAAUGGCCACUUGCAGAGAGAAUUGAAAUUUAAUUUUAUUCCAUUUCUGUACCGAAAUAAUGGAUAACAAUAUUUAGACCCCUUUUUGUUGAAAAACACAUUUCUAUAAUAAAGGUUCGAUUAUAUCAAACUGAAUGCUUUAUUGUUUUUCAUUUUUAUUUAUUCUUCUCAUGUCUAUAAAUUAAUUUCUAAAUAAAAUAAAUUUCCAAAGAAAACAACUAUAAGGUCAAUAAUCAAAACAGCGAGGAUAUAAUAAUUGUCUUAACCUCCUGUUAUUUUUGUUUUAAGGUAAUAAUAUGUAGGUAGGUAUCUACUACAUCAGUUUACAUUUUAAAGUAUUUUUUUUAAAGUCUAAUAAAAUUCUAAUAAAAUGUUUGUAACAUUGCAAUUGUUACUGAAGCCUAACAGAUUUAUUGCUAUUGAAAAAAACGAUAAAUUAUUUUACUGUCAUAUUUUCUGAUGAUGUUAUUUAUUUUUAAGAUCAAAAUAUAAUUAUUAUUGUAAAAUAA